AAAAGAGAUAUAAAAGGAAGUGGAUAAUCAAUGAUCCUCAGUUGAAUUUUAUAGCCGGAAUAAUGAAGUGCUUUUCAGUUUUUGUGAUCGUUUGCUGUGUUGUAUCGUGUGUAACAGCACCACCACCGCCCGCUCAGGAGCCUCCACCACCCGCAUUAGUCACAGGAGCAAGUUAUAUAUUGCAAAAAAGCUGCUCACCAGUGAACUCCCUAGUACUACUUGGAGUCUCAAAAGCAGCUUCUGAAGGUGUUACAAAAUAUCAAGAAACAAAAGACGUAGCCCUCGCUCUCAAGGUCGCAGCUAAUUCCGGUUUUCAAGGCGCUGCGGAUUUUUUGACGUGCGCUUCAAAUGCGUGCAUUGAUGUGGCUGCUGCAGGCUGUGGCAUUGCCAAAGAUAUUUAUGUUGGGAAAGAUGUUAAACAAGCUGUUGUUGAACGAACUAAACUAAUAACUGAAGCAGGAGAAUAUCUAAAAUAUGAAUUCACUUCAAAUCCAAAGGGAAAAGUUGCCAACGCAAUGGUAACCGGCGGAAAUGUCGCAAUGACAUGGUUUUUUGGACCAUUCAGCGGAUAUAUUACUGCCGCUCUAGCUAAAGCUGCUGCAGAUGGCAUCCAAAAAUACCACGAGACAAAGGAUAUAGCAGCUGCAGCAAACUUAGCAGCUCAGACAGGCUUCAAUAGUGCCGCAAGUUUCAUCUAUGCUGCAGCUGGUCUCGUAACCUCUGGCUCUGAAUUAGUUAAAGAUCUAGCUGUAGAUCAUGUAGAUCCAAAAGAAGCGGUUAAAAAACGCGGACAUCAAGCUUUGGAAAGUAUUAUUGAUCCAAUGGGUACUAAGAAAAAAUCAACAACAGCGAGAAAUCCACCACCCACACCUAGCCAAGCCGGUCCUUCAAACAGAAAUAUUAAACCAAAGACAAAAUAGCGAAUAAGAUUCUCAUUUAAAUAUGAAUCUUUUCAAAAAAAAAUAUGUUGUCUACCUCACCAUUAAAGAAGCUUUUUUCUGGUUUGAAAUAAAUAAAUACACAUGAAAACUACUCAUUAA